AUGGCCAACGAUCUGUGGUCAUGUACCUGUUGUACCGAGGCUCUAACUUGCUGGCUUCGUCUCAAGCUCUCUCCAGAGGAAAUAGAGCAAAGGUACAGAAGCAAGGAAAUAGACAGAAUACUUGAGAAAGAUAAACAAACGCUACGGCGGCAGGUUAAGCUAUUGCUACUCGGUGCGGGUGAAAGCGGAAAAUCAACAUUCCUGAAACAGAUGAGGAUAAUACACAAAGUAAAGUUCGAGCCGGAACUAGUGCGCGAAUACCAACAUGUGAUUUAUCAAAACAUUGUAAAGGGUAUACAGGUGUUAGUGGAUGCGAGGGACAAACUCGCUAUUCCUUGGGAAAAUCCGAGGAAUCUUGACAUCGGGCAGCAAGCAUUGCAUUUCAACAGUACGGCUUCGUUAGAUAGCCGACUGUUUAUGCAUUAUGCACCGCAUAUUCAUUCCUUGUGGUUAGACAGAGCCAUAAAGAGGGCCUACGACAGGCGGAGAGAAUUUCAAUUGAGCGACUCUGUGAGUUACUUCUUUGGCGAGCUCGAGCGUAUAGCCCGGCCAGAUUACGUACCUUCCCAUCAAGACAUUCUGCACUGUCGGAAAGCGACCAAAGGCAUCACGGAGUGUAUAAUCAAUAUAAACAAUGUGCCAUUCGUAUUCGUGGAUGUGGGCGGUCAAAGGACUCAACGGCAGAAGUGGACACAGUGCUUUGAUUCUGUUACGUCUAUAUUGUUUUUAGUGUCAUCUUCGGAGUUUGAUCAAGUGCUAUCGGAGGAUAGGAAAACAAAUCGUCUCGAAGAAGCACUGAACAUAUUUGACACGAUUGUGAACAACUUAAACUUCAAGGGCAUUUCCAUAAUACUUUUUCUCAACAAAUCCGAUUUGUUGGCGAAAAAAGUUGCCAGCCAAGAGACUGAUAUACGCUGGUAUUACCCCCAGUUCGCCGGAGACCCUCAUAGUCUCGGGGACGUGCAAAUGUUCUUGCUCAAUAUGUUCGCGAAUGUUCGAAGGGAACCAAAGACAACGCUUUACCACCACUUCACGACAGCCAUAGACACGCAAAAUAUAGAAGUUGUUUUCAACUCUGUGAAAGACACAAUUCUCAAUCGUAAUUUAGAAUCUCUAAUGUUGCAG